CAGCAGUGGCCAGUGAUGGCUAACGGAGCUAGCGCUUCUAAUGGCAGAACUAUGUACCAUUUCAUAAAACAAUUGUUGAAUGAUGUGAAGAAAGAACAACAAAAACACCAAAAACUCAAUUAUACAUUCGUUGCCGCUGAUCUGAGGCUUGGGUUGAGAGGAGGGUGAUUAGCGAGUGGAUGUGGUCUUAUGUGAAAUGGAUCAGGUGGACCACGUGUUUGUUUUAUCGAAGCUGUAAUUUGACGUUUAUUAGAUUGCUACGUUAAAAUGGAUGAAUUGACGGAAAUGUUAAAUUACCUUGAUGUGAGGUCUCGCUUAGACCUGAAAACAAUUAGCCUGCAAUAUGUUUUAGGUGUGACAGGCUCAGAGGAUGGAAAACUCUUCAUUGUCAGUCGGCCACCCCUUGUAAAAACUGUUUUGGCACUGUUGCAUGAUCCAUCAGCAAGUGUUGCCAAAGAUGCAUUUUUAUGUAUUGUAAAUUUGUCUGCGGAAGAGGCUGGUGCACGUGUGCUUGUAUCAGAAGACUGUUGCAGUGGGAGUGAGGAAAUUGGAGAAAAGGGAAUGAAGUCUGCAAAUAUUGUGGCAUCUGUUUUAUCUCACAUUGUUGAUCCUGAAUCUUCACUUGCAGACCCUGCAUGUGCCAUAUUAUCCAAUAUAACCAGACCAUCAUGUACAGUUCAGCGUGUACUUGAUUUGAUAUCACAAACUGAUGUUACAAUUGAAAAGUUGGUGACUGUGUUCACGAGAAUUGGUUAUAACAAAAAAGGUGCCACAUUACAUUAUUUAGGACCAGUGUUCUCAAAUCUUAGUCAAUCGAGUACAUUUAGGAGUUACCUAUUAGAUAGAGGACAAUGUGUAAUUCAAAGAUUGGUACCAUUUACUGAAUAUAAGGAUUCAAUAAUAAGAAGAGGUGGUAUUGUGGGAACAUUAAGAAAUUGCUGCUUUGAUGUUGGUGAGGAAUGUAUUAUAUUUCAUGAUGUGAUUCUAGCCAGUCAUAUGUGGUUGCUCGGGCCUGAUGUGGACAUCCUACCAAGAUUACUUUUACCUUUGGCUGGAUCAGAGGAAUUUGAUGAAGAAGAUAAUGAGAAAUUGCCUCCUGAAUUGCAAUACUUAUCCCCAGACAAAAAUCGUGAACCUGAUCCAGACAUUAGGAGAAUGCUGCUGGAAGCCCUUUUGCAGACUUGUUAUCCUGUAGUAACGGAGGAUGAAAUUGGUCAGGAUAACCUGCAAGAUGUUGAUGUGCCUGAUGACCUCCGUAAUAGAUUUCAUAAAAUGGAUGAGGAUUUUCUAAGGGACUAAUCCAUUGCUGGCAGUUUGAACACAUUUUCUGUUUAUGUCUGAUGCUUUACUUUCCUCUUAAGUGCAUGUUUUUGUUUUUGUCUCUUGUGGAGGAACCUGAUUUGUAAAGUUUUAUUGCAAGUUGGUAAAAUAUCAUGUUGAAGUUAUUGUUAUUCUAAUUUCACUUGUUCACAGCAAAAUGUAAUUGUUUUUCUACAUGAAGGCAAUUGUGAUGAAAUCUAAAACAGAUGCCUUAAUAUAAAUUAAAUUUCAGUUUAGCAACGUUUACUUGAGUAAAGUUAAUUUAAUAAUGUUAAUGUAAAAAAAAAAUAUAUUGGCAAUUAUCUAUAUUAAUGUGAAAAGUUUUAAUAAUGCCUUUUUAUUCAAAGUGGAAGGUUUAUCAUGUCAUUUCUGAGGUGUUACAUGAGAAAUAUGACAGAAUAAAUAUUAAGGAUGUCGGAAAAAAAUUAUAGUUUCCUGUCAUUCUGAAUCUUUUAAAUAAAAGUGAAAUGUAUAAAGAAUUGUAAAAACUGUUUCUUAACCUACAAAAGAAACUCAACUUUUUCAUUGAGAGGCAUCAAAAGUGAAGUAAGCGAGUAAUAUCUUUUCAGGGCUCUUACUGAAGACUGUUUCUUAUCAAAGGAGAUACUUUUAAUAAAUUAUUAUUAAUUGAAGUGGUGUAUUCAAAAAGUAAAAUUUAAUUUUAAAAUAAAGGUUAAUCAUUGUGUAUUUGAAAUGACGCAAGUUUUAAAACCUGAUUGUUAUUGCUUAAAAAUUUGAAAAUAAAAAUAAAUUAUGUUUUGUCUUUUUUUUUAUUCUUCAUGGGAGUCUUAGCAUGCUUUUAAAAACAUUUCAGUAUUGUUUGCAUUCCUUUUUUACAGUUCCUUUACAGCAAGAGCGAAAAUUGGUUGAAAUGUAAUCUCCUCACUUA